UUUAUUAGAAGAGGCAAUCUUGAAUUAUCCACACAUUGAGAGGGAAUCAUCGUAGACAUGUAAUAGUAAUAGUACUACAUAAUAUCCAGCUCAAUUAUUUGAGAAUUGUGGGCACAACAAUUGAAGGCGCAAUUAAAUGAGUCAUAUUUUUGGCAGAAGCAAAGCUGAGUGAUCAAUGGCCUCACACCUCAACUUCAUCCUCAUACCAUUCAUGGCGCCCGGCCACAUCACCCCAAUGAUCAACAUGGCCCAUUCCCUCUCCAAACACGGCGUCGCCGCCGCCAUCAUCCUCACCCACUUCGACGCCGCCCGCUUCAGCUCAGCCAUCGACCCCAUCCGCCUCCUCAAGAUCCGCUUCCCCUCCUCGGAGGCCGGCCUCCCGCCCGCCUGCCAAAGCGCCGACACCCUCCCGUCGCACGACCUCCUCCCCAACUUCGCCGCCGCCAUCAAAAUGCUGCAGCGCCCCGUCCGGCAAAUGCUGCGGGAGCUCCACCCCACUCCCAGCUGCAUCAUCUCCGACAAGCUCCUCACGUGGACAGCCGCCACCUGCGACGAGCUGCAGCUCCCGAGGAUCGUCUUUGACGGGAUGAACUGCUUCACUCAGUUAGUCACACACAACCUCUGCGUCUCCAACGUUUACCAAACUGACCAGCCCUUCCUGGUGCCCGGCUUGCCCGACCGGGUCGAGCUCACCCGCCUGCAGCUGCCGGGAUUCUUCAAUCCCGGGCCCAAGCACGUCCCCGGUUUCCGCGAGCAAGUCCGGGAAACCGAGGCCUCUGCAUAUGGGGUGGUGGUGAAUAGCUUCGAGGAGCUCGAGAAGAGUUAUUUCCACGAGUUUCGGAAGGUGAGAGGCGGUAAGGUUUGGUGUGUAGGGCCUUUAUCUCUUUGCAGUUCAAAAAAUAUGGUGAAAGAAGUCUCGAUUGAUUCUGAUCCAUGCCUCAAGUGGCUUGAUGGUAGGGAGCCUGCUUCUGUUGUCUACGCUUGUCUCGGAAGCCUUAGCCGCCCGUCGCCUGCUCAGUUCGCGGAGCUUGCGUUGGGCCUCGAAGCGUCGGAACGUCCGUUCAUUCUUGUGGCGAAAGGAGCAGAGAUAUGGAAAUGGAUUGGAGACGAGGGAAUCGAGGAGAGAACGAGAGAGAGGGGGGUUUUCGUUCGGGAUUGGGCGCCCCAGGAGGCGAUCUUGUCGCAGCCUGGGGUGGGGGCGUUCCUGACGCACUGUGGGUGGAACUCGACUCUAGAAGGGAUAUGCGCGGGCCUCCCGAUGGUGACGUGGCCGUUGUUUGCCGAGCAGUUUUUGAAUGAGAAGUUAGUGGUUGGGAUUCUUGAGAUAGGUGUGGGAGUAGGUGCAAAAUGUGUAGUGCAUGUGGGAGAGGAAGAGGGUGAGAAGAAGGUGAGGAGAGAUGGGAUUAAGGAGGCCAUUGAAAUGGUCAUGGAUAAGGGAAGUGAAGGGUGCAAGAGAAGGAAAAGAGCACAAGAAUUUGCAGAGAUUGCCAAAGGAGCAGUGAGAGAAGGAGGGUCUUCCUUCCUCAACGUUGAAGACCUCAUUCAAGAUAUCCAUCGUUUCACCAAAAACAAGAAACAAAUCGAUACAGCAGGCUGAGUUUUUUUUGUGAUUAUUAUAAUCUACUGUGUUUUGCAAGAGGAAGUGAUCCAUUUACCUUCUUGGGCUUAUCAGCAGAGAUUUGAUGGCGAUUAUUGGGAUAAAUUCAAUUAAAAAGAUUUCUUAAUUGUUUGAACCUGUUUGUUAGAGCACACAAGUGUAAAUCUCUGUGGCAGGUAUGCCAUGAUUCAAUAAUUUAAAAUUCAGAUUUGCUAUCAA